AUGGUAGCUAUGGAGCUGCUGCUCGGCCCACAACCAUUGGUCCGACCAGUGUUCGCCGCUCAUACGACACCUACCGGCGCCAAUACUGAAAAUAUGGAAAUCGACGAAUGUGGUGCGGACGGCAGAGAACGUGCACAAAGUGUGGAAAGUUCGGGAGCAACCGAGUAUGAACGAAAAGAUUACGUGGAGAUCAAAUAUUCGACUUCGUUGGAUGCGUCAAAAAGUCCAACAUCUGGCGAUGAAUCUCGAAUUCCUGGCGGGAAUUAUAGGGCUGAAUUGAAACGUCCUGAUUUGAAAGGGAGUUUUCGUUGUUCCAUCUGUGCUAAAGUGUUCUGUCAUUCUUCCUCCUUAUCACGGCAUCGAAUGCAAGCACAUUUCAAGAGCUACAAAUGUACAUUAUGCCGGAAAGAUAUUACAAAAGACCUCGAUUCGCAGCACAUAUACGAAACAUCUCUUUACGGAUUGUCGCCGCCUCUCCUUAGCGUAACUCUACGUUACAACGAAAUGGAUGGAUGA